AUGUCGCCACAAAGCCCAUCACUGUCUCCUCUCCAGACUCAGGUCGACAUUGUGUUCCAGAUCACAGAUCUCUUGUCGCCAAAGGAUUCGUUGUCCCUCUCCUCAACAUGCCGUCAACUGCGCUGGCUACUUCGCCCAAUUCUGUUCUGUACAUGUCCUUGGAAGAAUGACUUGCCCAUUCACGAGCCCCCUGAGUCAGUUUGGGACACAAUCCGGCACCUAUAUGUCCAGAUCGACGACGAUGAUUGCGACCUCUACAAGUACCUCACCCACCACAAUCUCAGCAACAUAGAAUCUGUCCACUUUUGCGCCACCUUCAUCAGCACCUGCAUUAGCUACAUCGUCAACAACACACCGCGUCUUCAUACGCUUGACCUCAGAUUUCUAUGCUCCACAAUGUACCAAAGGGCGGACCCCAUCAACUUCGAAGAACUGGACGCGUUCCCCCCUCUUGUCACUCAUCCGCGCGUCCUCCACUUCUGCUCGCAAACUGAAGGUGCAGGUAGCGGGUUUGCGCCCGACGAAUGUACAUCCAGGAUGCGGGGCACGCGCUUCCCCUUCGCGACUCUCCUCCACCAACUCGAUGUCGGGCAGAUUGAGCACCUUGAAGUUGGCGCCGAAGCGCUCAGUUUGCCCUUCGCGGUCGCCUAUACCUGGUCGUCGCUCCGCGAGUUGGUCAUAACCAGAAUCCGAAUGCAUGACCCGCAGACCCCGCUCAACGACCCACGACUCAAAACACCCGCGUCAGCGCACGAAGCAGUACACCUAGGUACGCUGGUCUGUGCUGCCCCGCAGCUCCGCGUCUUGCGUGUUCGCUGUCAACGCUCGGAUCUAUAUCCUCACGUCCAAUGGACCAUCUGGCCACCGGACGACCCGCCCCUCCCUUCUAGAUCAUCCAUGCCCGCCAUUGAGGAGUUCGAGCUGUACAAUCCUUUCGCGACCGAUGGGGUGUAUAAAUACUUGCCAUCCACGUUACGGACGCUCUCUCUCCUUAAUUAUCCCCACGUCCAAUGCGCUACCCUCGCAACCGAGGGCUGGGAGAUUCAGCCUCCACCAUAUCCUAUGGAUGGUGUAUUGAGGCCCGCAGGUCUCAUGCACGCACUAUCGGCCGUAUCAGCGCCAGAGCUCCGAACUCUGCGCAUCUCCUUCCGCGAUGUGGACGAUACGCGCCUCUGGACCCGCAUCGCAGACUUAUUUCCCCUUCUGGAGGUUCUCGAGCUUCACGACGAGAUUGGCCCCGGAAGUAUCUGGGAUACGACCAAAUUGGCUUUGUGUGCCCGCGCCCUGAGCUCGCUCUCGUACCUACGGUCCCUGCGUUUGAGCACUUUCCGAAGAGUGCUUGAUGCAGAAGACUGGAAGGGGUACCCGGGCGAAAGGGAAGUCUACGAAACGCCGGAUCAGAAGGCACGGGCGGGAAUACUCAUGGGAGAUGUCAAAUCAGCGCUCUUUGGAGAUGAUGUCGGCAGCCAAAGUAAGCAUGUCGAUACGAGACCACCAACUGACCUUACCUCUCGGUGGCCUGAGCUACGCGACGUGUGGCUACCCACAUCUGUGUAUCAGUUUCCCUACCGCUCCCGCGUUCCCAGACUUUUCCGACACUGGAAAGUACUUUUCCGUCAUUGGAAAAUGUACAAUGUUUACCGGGACGACAGUGGCCAGCAAUAUCUUCGGGCCCACGUUGAGGCAGCAUACUGA